AUGACCGAGAUCAAGCUGACCGAAGAACACCAGGAACACAGAUACCCUGGCCAUCCGGAGCUCGAACUCGCCAUGCUUCGCCGGUACGAGCGGACGCAGGAUCUAGCCCAUCUGGCCUUCGCUCACUAUCUUCUCUCUGCGCGUGGACAGGCUCGGGAAGACCAAAACGGUCUCCUGUAUUUCGAGUACGACGCCGGAGUGCGGGAGGACCCAGUGUACCCAGAAACAAUGGAGGCGAUCUGGGACGUAGGCUACCACCAAUCCCACAAGCCGAUUGUUGAGCAAGAUGAUAUCCUCAGCCAUAGCGUACGCGACCUGUACCUCCAAACGGGAGCGGCAGACGCUGGCGGAGAGCUGCAGUCUGCUGCGCGGCGGUUAUUCGACGUCACUGUCCGGGAUACGAUGAACGUGCCCGCUGGGUUCGGGAGUGAACCCCGUACCGAGGUCUUCAGUCGUCACGCCCACCACCUCCCGCAAAGCACGGCCGAGGGGGGAUGCUACGCCGAAACGUGUGCUAGCUUCACUUCUAUGAUGACUGCUGAGCGUCUCCAGUUCCGCCCCGACGGAGGGGUACGUGAUAUCAUGGGACGCGCGCUCCUCAAUGUCGUGAUUGGUGGACGGAGUGAAGUUUGGAUGGCAUCGCUUUCGCGUAUGCCAACAAGCUCGCGACGAGUGGGGACGAGGCCGAGACACGCAAAGAUUGGUUCGAGUCUCGACGUGUACCUCUUCCUGAGCGGUACAAGGAACAUUGAUGUGGGUGGUGUGACAGCCACUGCCACGAUGAGCACGAGCAUGCCGGGGAAAGGGGAGACACGCCUCACCCUGUCUGGGCAGGUCCCCAGCCAAGAGUACGCCGCGGAUAUCAAGUGUUUCAUCCCGGCAGAGGCUGAGGACGGCUUCUUGCGCGCCUCCGCACCCGGCAAGGUCGACGUCGCCUUCUCCUUCACCAUGCCUGUGCGCCUCGUCGCACCACAACUUGCAACGUGGCAGGCAGGAAACGCUGCCGUAACCCGCGGCCCGAUCGUGUAUGUUGCCGAAAGCGUUGAUAACGCUGCCCUCGACGAGGCGCACCCCCACUUCGAGGGUGUGGGCCUGUACCCCACCGCGAGCUUUACCGAGAAACAGAUCGAGAUCGAGGGCGUCUCCAUCAUCGCACUCGCAACCUGGUGUGCGGCCGUUCUUAAGCAGUACGUCACCGGCACGCCUUGA